GGAGAAGAAGGCCCUGGGUUCGUGUGUCAUUUUACCCUGAUUCUUCCUGACUCCUGAGCACCCCAUUGUCACUCACAGGUCCUCCACUCCUGCCUGAUGGCUCUGCUGGUCUCACUUCCUGGAGGGAAUCAGGCCAUGUCUUGGAUCCUGCUUCUGCUGCUGUCAGCUGCAUGUCUGCAAGCUGGAAACUCUGCAGGAUCCAAAAGAGUAAAUAGCUUUGGAAUCAACCAACCAGCCCGCCUCUCUGGUGUCCAGGGCAGCUCCAUCGAGAUCCCCUUCUCCUUCUACUUCCCCUGGGAGUUGGCAGAGGAUCCAGAUAUGAGGAUUCUCUGGAGAUGGAAGCACUUCCAUGGGGAAUUUAUCUACAACUCCACCCCACUUUUCAUACAUGAGCAUUUCAAGAAUCGGCUCACCCUGAACUGGACACAGACUCAGACAUCUGGAGUCCUCAGAAUCCUGGACUUGAAGAAGAAGGACCAGACAGUGUACUUCUGCCGAGUUCAUAUAAACACAAAAGAAGUCAUGAAGAUUAUUCAGUCAAUUCCUGGGACUCAACUGACCAUCACCCAUGCUAUCAGGACCACCAUGCAGAGCCCCUCCAUGAUCACCUCUGCAGGCAGCAGUGCUGGCCUGGAGGACACAGAGGACCAGAGGAAUCCUUCACUUGUGAACCUGGGAGCCACGGUCGGGGUGGUGGUGACCACGACUGUGCUCAUGACCCCCGUCUGUGUAUUGAAGGUCUUCCUUUGGUGGAAGCAAAGGCCAGCAGACUAA